AUGGCUUCAGAAACACCACAGCGGAACAUCGUAAUCAUAGGAGGUGGAAUCAUAGGCUGCACCACCGCCUACUUCCUCACACGGCACCCCUCCUACUCCCCUCAACGCCACAACAUCACAAUCCUCGAAUCGCAAUCCAUUGCCUCGGGCGCAUCGGGCAAAGCAGGCGGUCUCCUCGCGCUCUGGGCCUAUCCCUCGAACAUCGUUCCCCUCUCCUACAAACUCCACGCCGAGUUAGCCAAGGAACAUGACGGUGCGAACCGAUGGGGCUACCGCGCCGUCCACUGCGGAUCUCUGAGCGCCAGAGGCCGUCUUCAUGAGCCCACAGACACCAAGGGCGGGGAAGCAGCAGAAGGAAAGGGAGAGGAAUGGCAGAAGCUCCCCAAGACGGACCCGAAUGCCAAAGCAAAGAUGGCAGCGAAAGGCAUCCCCAAAGACCUGGAUUGGUUCGAUGCCGAUGCCGUCACCGGGUACUCAGAGAUGGGCGACCCGCGCACAACCGCACAGGUGCAUCCCUAUCUCUUCACCACCUCCAUGGCGGACCUGGCCGUCGAAGCGGGCGCGAAAGUCAUCCUGGGAUCCGCCACCGCCAUCGAUUAUACGGGCCCGCACGGCGUCAAGGCCGUGACGUACGAGGAUAAGGAAACGAAGAAGAUACAUACCCUCCCGGCCUCAGAUGUCAUCCUAGCAGCCGGUCCAUGGACAAGUCAUAUCUUCCCUGAAGCGCCGAUCGAUGCGAUGCGCGCUCACAGCGUCGUCGUGCAAGCCGACGUCUCGCCGUACGCCAUCUUCUCCGAGAUCGACCUGCCCCGAGACUUCGGCAGGAAAGGAGGCGGCGAUGUUCGGGUCCGGAGACAUGGUAAGACGGUCAGCCCGGAGAUGUAUGCCCGACCUGACGGGACGGUUUACGCAUGUGGCGAGGGCGAUCACCUAGUCCCCCUCCCCAAAUCCUCCGACCUCGUCCAAUGCGACCCGGACCGGUGCCAAGACAUCAUCGACUACGUAUCCUCGAUCUCCACCCCUCUGCGCCAGGGCGCCAUCCUCGCGAGACAAGCCUGCUACCUCCCAUCUGUGUCGACCGGCGGCGGGCCGCUGAUCGGCGAGACCGGUAUCCGGGGCCUGCUGCUCGCGACGGGGCAUACGUGCUGGGGUAUCCAGAACAGCUGCGCGACGGGGAAGCUGAUGAGUGAGUUUGUGUUUGAGGGUAAGGCUAAGAGCGCUAAUGUGGCGAGUCUGGAUCCGAGGAGGUUUUUGUAG